CCUGGGAAGGGCAAUGCACGGGGCCACCCCGGCUGCAGUGCCAUAGGAAAUGCCAAGUGACCCAGAUGGGGCCCAGGCAGCCUGCCUGCUGGUUUUCCCCAUAAACCCAGCCCCAGGAGCACGGCCUUUGUACAAAGGACAGAAGCCCUCCCGCUGCUCUGCGAUUCUCCCAGCAUCAGCUCGAGGGGGCUCAGAUGAGCAGGUCCUUCUGUGGCACAUCUGGCAAGAGCAGAUUAUCACUCACAUAAGGACAGAGAAAGGACAGGACUCUAGCGGGGGCACAGCCCUGAUUUGGGAGCCAGACACUCCUUGGCCAGCUUGCUCAGCUGUUUUGUCCCAUCAGCCUGGAUUGGUGAACCCGAAUCACCAAAGAGAGCUCCAGCAAACACGUAUUCCCUGAGUGGCCUGCUGUGGAUUCAAGCAUAAGUCCUCGCUCCUGUCCUGGAGGUAAUCACCUUCUAGGAAAAGAGGCAGACAGGUUUGCUGGGAUGGGAAACCUGCUCAAAGUCCUUACCAGGGAAAUUGAAAACUAUCCACAUUUUUUCCUGGAUUUUGAAAAUGCGCAGCCCACAGAAGGAGAGAGGGAAAUCUGGAACCAGAUCAGCGCCGUCCUCCAGGAUUCUGAGAGCAUCCUCGCAGACCUGCAGGCUUACAAGGGCGCGGGGCCAGAGAUCCGAGAUGCGAUUCAAAAUCCCAACGACAUUCAGCUUCAAGAAAAAGCUUGGAACGCGGUGUGUCCUCUGGUCGUGAGGCUAAAGAGAUUUUAUGAAUUUUCCAUAAGGCUAGAAAAAGCUCUUCAGAGUUUAUUAGAAUCUCUGACCUGUCCACCCUACACGCCAACCCAACACCUGGAGCGGGAGCAAGCCUUGGCAAAGGAGUUUGCGGAAAUUCUUCAUUUUACCCUUCGAUUUGAUGAACUGAAGAUGAGGAACCCAGCUAUUCAGAAUGACUUCAGCUACUACAGAAGGACGAUAAGUCGCAACCGCAUCAACAACAUGCAUCUAGACAUUGAGAAUGAAGUCAAUAAUGAGAUGGCCAAUCGAAUGUCCCUCUUCUAUGCAGAAGCCACGCCAAUGCUGAAAACCCUUAGCAAUGCCACCAUGCACUUUGUCUCCGAAAACAAAACCCUGCCAAUAGAGAACACCACAGACUGCCUCAGUACGAUGACGAGUGUUUGUAAAGUCAUGCUGGAAACGCCGGAGUACCGGAGUAGGUUUACAAGCGAAGAAACGCUGAUGUUCUGCAUGAGGGUGAUGGUGGGAGUCAUCAUCCUCUAUGACCACGUCCAUCCCGUGGGAGCUUUCUGCAAGACAUCCAAGAUCGAUAUGAAAGGCUGCAUAAAGGUGUUGAAGGAACAGGCCCCGGACAGCGUGGAGGGGCUGCUGAAUGCCCUCAGGUUCACUACAAAGCACUUGAAUGAUGAAUCAACUUCCAAACAGAUUCGAGCAAUGCUUCAGUAGAGCUCUGCUCAAAGAAGAGGAUCUAUGUACUGACCUCAGAAGAUGUAUAUGUUUACAUAAUUUAAUACAGAUUGAUGUUAAUACUUGUGUAUUUACAUAACCGUUUCCUUCUUGUCACUGAAAUAUACGGACUUUAAUUUGUAUCUUGA